AUGUCCUCUCACAACCCCCUCGCGGAGGCAGAUGAAGUUCCGAAGCCAAUCAUGAAGACCCUGGCAUUGUCGAUCCGGCGCCGCCUAUACUUACCUGUCCUCGCUUUCUUCAGCAUCACAACGCUCUUCCUAUUCAUCGUGACGUCUACUCGCUUAGGUAUCUGGAAUCCCGAAAUGCCAAAGGUGGUUAAUAGACCGAAGGUUGUGCUCCGCCAAGGUAGGUUCGUGGGCAUCGAGCUGAGUGAUGGGUAUCCGCAAGUCAUGGACGCAUUUCUGGGGAUCCCCUAUGGGAUGUCGACGGAAGGAAUAAUGAGGUUCAAACCUCCAGUCCGGGUCGGCGCUUCGGAAUUGGAGUUUGAUGCUGGGGAGCAUGGCAAUAGGUGUCCUUCACUUGGGGACGAGCCGAAUCAGAGUGAGGACUGUCUAAACCUCGACCUGUACCGACCAAAAGCUCGGAAGUCUGGCGAUAAACUGCCUGUUUUAGUGGACUUCCACGGAGGGGCGUUCAAUGGAGGGAUUGGAGGCACAUCGUGGCUGGUUUCUCAUCUGGCCGCUUUGUCAGCUGAGCCUAUGAUUGCUGUGUCUUUCAGCUAUCGAGUUGGAGCUCUCGGGUUCCUGUCGUCGACGGUUAUGGCUCAGGAGGGUCUUCUUAACGUGGGGCUGAAGGACCAGGAGCUCUUGUUGGAAUGGGUUCAGGAGAACAUUGCCGCAUUUGGGGGAGAUCCUGAAAACGUGACACUCAGGGGGAGCAGCGCAGGUGCGCACUCGGUCGGGCACCACCUCCUCUACAACACUGACAGAUCUCCCCCGUUCGCACGAGCAAUCAUGGAAUCUGGCGCAGCCACCGCACGGGCGGUCUACAGCUACUCGAACCCAAUUCACGAGCUGCAAUUCCGUGAAUUCCUCAAGAUCCUAGGCUGCCCCUCUAAGCCAGAGUCUGAGAUUGUAACCACCCUCCGCGGCUACAGCACCGCCGAAAUCCAAGCCGCCUCCAACGAGAUCUUCAACAAAUAUAACCCAUCCGUCAGAUGGCCUUUUCAGCCCGUAAUUGACGGCAAAGGGGGCAUAAUAGUCACCCGCCCCAUCGAUGCCUGGAAGGCAGGCAAGUGGCAUAAAGUUCCUAUCCUCACCGGAUUUAAUACCAAUGAAGGCGCAAUAUUUGUUCCAAAGACUGUAGAAACCAGUGAAGAGUUCUCUGAUUUCUUUACGACCCUCCUUCCAGGAUUAAGAGAGAAAGAUAUGUCGGAGCUACAAGACGUCUACCCAGACCCAACAAUAGAUCCACACUCCCCAUACAAGGAAACGAGACCGGACCUAGGAGCACAGUUCAGGAGGUUAGAGCAGGCGUACGGCCAGUUCGCCUACAUAGCACCUGUCAGACAAACAGUACAUUACGCUGCUUCUGGGCCUGCGCCCGUGUAUCUGUAUCACUUCGCCGCCGAGUCUAGCGUCAAUGGCGCCGACCACGGCUCGCACAUCCCAUUCCUAACGCACACACUGGACGACAGAGGCAAGAGCAAAACCGUCACCGAGAUCUCUGGAACCAUGCAGGCGUACUGGACAUCCUUCAUCACGAGCGGGGACCCGAACAAAGUCCUUGGCAAGUACCCCCUCCGGCGUAAAUGGCCGGGGUACGUGAAAAGCCAGAGGGAGGGGGGCGACAGGAAGGGGGGAGAGGGUAUGAUCCUCGUGUUUGGGGAGGGCAAUAACGAGGUUGCAGGGAAGAAAGACAAGGGAGAAGCGUGUCAGUUGAAAGACGACGUGUUUGCUGCCAAAGAGUCGGAGUUUUGGUGGGAUCGCACAGAAUUAUUUGAGUUUUGA